CUGCAUAUUGCUUCAAGCCUACUUGUUCACCCCAAUACACUUACGCACGUAAAGCGUCACCGUAUAAAAAAUCUAUUGUGCCUUUGGUUGCGCAGCAAUGUGGCUGCAGUUGGGCGCGAUUGCCGCCGGAGCUUUUGUGUUAGCAUCAGUUCACACUUACUUAGAGAAGCAAAUUACAGGAAAGGACCAAGCCGGCAAGGGCAGCGCAUCGGCUGCGGAGCCAAAGCAGCUUCCACGGCCUGACGGCACGCCACCAAAGGGCGUGUGGCAGGCGCAAAUUUGGAAGGAGGUUCACGGAGCGGCGCGUAAACUGAAAAAGUAAAAGCUCCCGAUCCGCUGCUUGGCAGUCGCACCUCAGCCCACAUUGCGCGCUGCUCUAUUUACCUCUGACGAUGGCCGCGGCGCACACUGCAACAUCGUCUAAGCCUCAUCUGGAUCUAGUUAACAAUGCCUCGUCGCCUUGCCUAAGGAGGGUCCCGGGUUCUCAGUCAACCGCCCCAUCCUACAACCGGGCAGCCGCGGAUAUCUCGAUACGCAUCAGCGGCAAUGCACAUAGGGUCCGGUCUUUCACCAUAACGACGCCUUCCUCCUCGCCAGCAGCUUCCACCUUCACCUACUCCCGCACCUCAUGGCGGUCCGUCAUCCAGGAUGAGCAACCGCAAAGUGACAUGCCCAGCUCCGUCAACGAGGCAGCCUCCCUCCGCGACUCCAGCCCCUUUUCCAACAACGCAAACGAUGCGGAACUUAACAAUCCAACAACUGGAACUGUCAACGAUGAUGCCGAGUCUGCCCACGAUGGCAACAGCAUCAGCAGCAGCAAUGUCAUAAGCGCAGCUCAGCUGCGUGUCAAGCUGUCCCUGGCCGCCAGCAGCGGGCGACUAGACCUGACGGAGUGUGGGUUGCUGGAGGUGCCGGAGGAGGUGCUGCAACUGACCGAGUUGGAGGAGCUGCAGCUCUCCGGCAACCUCCUGGUCGCCCUGCCGGCCGCCCUCUCCCGCCUCACCGCCCUGCGCCGCCUGGGCCUGGCGGGCAACCGCCUCAACUCCCUGCCCCCGGGUCUGGACCGCCUGCAACGACUGGAGGGGCUGUGGCUGCAUGGCAACCUGCUGACCAGCCUGCCGGGGGAGCUGGGGCGGCUGACGGCGCUGAGGGUGCUGUCGCUGGCGGGCAACUGCCUGCAGUCGCUGCCCCCCGGCUGCCUGUCCGGCCUGACCCGCCUCACCGACCUCACCCUGGCUGGCAACCGCCUGACCGCCCUGCCCCCCGGGGAGUUGGAGCCGCUCACAGCGCUCACACGACUGGCGCUGAACGGCAACCGGCUGACCACGGAGGGGCUGAUGGGGCGGGGCAGCGGUGGGUCGGGGCUUGGGCGGCAGCACAGGGAGCUGCGGGAGCUGAUGCUGCAGGGCAACCAGCUGGAGGAGGUGGACCCCGCAAUAUUCGAGUGCCCGUCCCUCACCGAGCUCUCACUCGCUGACAACCGCCUAGCCGCCCUGCCCCCCGACCUGCCCCCCGCCCCCCGCCUGGCCCGCCUCCACCUGUACGGCAACCGCCUCACCUCCCUGCCGCCGCCGCACAGUCUGGGGGCCGCCCUGCCCGCCCUGUCCAGGUGCUGGCUGGAAGGGAACCCGCUGAGGGGGGAGGUGGUGGCGGAGCUGAUAGAAGCGGCAGGGGGGGCGGCGGCGGCGGCAGGAGGAACAACAGGGGGGCCGGCCGCGGCGGAAACAGGAGUGUCCGGCAGCAUGUCGCGGUUGAAGGCACUAGGACUGGACCAAACGCAGCUGGCAGCGGCAGAGGCGGCAGCAGCAGGUCGCCGUGAAGCCACAAGCGGCAACGGCGGCGGCAGCGGCGGGCUGGUGGAGGCGCUACCGAGCAACGUGCGAGUGGGCUGCGUGUUGGGCUCGGGUCCGGGGUACUUCAAAUUGCAGUACGGGCCGCAACGGCCGGUGACGGCAGCGGCGGCGGGGUCGCAGCCAGAUUGUCAAGAUGGUGACGUCAGCAGCAAAGCCGGCUGCCAGGGCCAGGACGAGGGUGAGGUUGGAAGCGGUGACGUCAGCGGUGCACCGGGGCUCCUCCAGCACCAGCAAUGCAGCAGCAGCAAUGAGCUGCUUGUGGUGGCGUUCGGCAGCGCCCCCGGCACUCCCAACUGGGGCGGGCUGCUGGGCAGCGUGUACAAGGCGGCGGCCAGCGAUGCGGAGAGGUACUUUGACGUGCUCUACGUGGCCGACCCAGCUCGAGACUGGUACGGCGGCGGCUCGGAGGACGAGGAGGAGGAAGAACACGACAUCCUCGCCGCCGACGCCGUCCCCGACGCCAGCAGCAAUUCCACCACUGGCAGCUCCGCCUCCCGCGCCCACUCCUCCCUGCCACCCCUGUCCUACUACCGCUGCCGCCUGGCCGCCUACACCCGCCCCUACCGUCGCGUGCUGCUGCUGGGCGACUCCAUGGGCGCCACGGGGGCGCUGCUGUGCGCCGACUUGGCGACUGCGGUGAUGGCGUUCUGUCCGCAGGUUGACCUGACAGCGGCGUCCAUUCGUCCGGGCCGCCCGGUCGCCUGGCUGGAUUGUCUGCGGGGGCGCUUGCUGUCGGCAGUGCGGGCUUCACGGGGGCGGCUGGAGGUGCUGGUGGGCAGCUGGCAGCACGACCUGGCGCAGGCCAACAUGCUACCGCAGCAGCGGGGGAGGGAGCAGGCGCGGGAGCAGCCAGGAGGAGGUCUUAAGGCCGGGAAGGAUGCAGCGGCGGGGCGCGGCAAGGGUGGAGGUGUUGUGACGCGAGCAGCGGUUGGCGCGGCAGUUCACCGAAGUCCUUGGGUAUGGCAGCAGCGGGAUGACGGUAAUGGAGAAGGCGGCUCCUCGACAGCUGGCAGCGAUGAUGCAUUGGGGCCUGGCGGUGAUGUACCUAGCGACGCUAGGAUGCGUUCCGGGGAGGAGGAAAGUGGAGUUCAGGGGUUUGUGAGCGUGCGCGUGUUCUCGGUGGAUAGUCACCGAUUGGCUGCAGCCCUGGAUGCGCAGGGUCAGUUGGUUCCGCUGGUGCGUGAUGCGGUAUUGCGCGAGCUAGGAUUGCGGUCAGGUAACGUGCGCAUGUCUAACAUGCUGUAAAUGUCCGGAACUAUAUGCGCCGCCCGUGGUUGUGAAUAUACAGCAAAUCAUCAAGGACUGUACACCAGCAUGCCGAAGGGGUCGACAUGGUUUGCUCUAGGUUGCCGAGAAGCUGCUGGAAGGGACAAGCCAUGCUAUGCAACUCUGAUUGUUUAUUAUAGAACUAUAGGGGGUGAAGGUAACACUGUCUUCAGCACAAACAUGCUUUAUGAACCUUAGCGUCUCUCUUGCCCCUUGGUGGUUGGCCUGGAUCCAACCCGGAUCGGGCACUUUCAAAUAAUAAGUAAGGAGAGGGACCUCUUCUCCCGAGACGUUCGUAAAACUUUAUACAAAAAGACACACACACUGAAUUUUAUGCAUAUCGAAACAACAACCUAACCAGUAAGGAUUCGAGGCAAAAUGGUCGGCUGUUUCGGGCCGUCGAAGUCAGAGUUGCAAAUUGAUACCUUGGGGCAGCUUCUCAGCAAGAAAGACGCUGAAAUACAGCAGUUGCGUGCGGAGGAGGAGUCCAACAAGAAGACCCGAGCAGAGCAGCUAGCCUACAGUGCAAGGUUGGAGGCGCAGCUUAAGGAGCAGGAGCAUGAGAACCAAGAGCUCAAAGCAUCCUCUCAGCAGCAACUGCAGCAAGCUGAAAACCGUAUGACGCAGCAGCAAGAGCUGAUAAAACAGCUGGAAGCGACGCUUGCUGAGGAGCAAGAGCAGCGACGGCAGGCAGAAGCGAAGCAACUGCAGACGGAGGGAGAGCGGUUGAGGCUUGAGGAACAACUAGCCAAGGAGAAGCAGCAGCGGGACAACCAGCAACGCAUUAUGGACAAGAAUGUCCAGCAGCUUCAGCGCCGGCUGCACGCAGAAGAGCAGCGCUCCAAGCGGCUGCAAAAGCAGAUUGCGAACUUUACGGAGACCAUGGAGGCAGUGUCAAACGUCCUGACGGCUGUUGAGCGAGAGCACAAGACGGUGAGCAGCCCUAUGCGCGGGGACAAGAGGGUUCGGUCCAACGCGGUGGACCAGCUGCGUCAGUCGCUUGCCGCGUUCAAGAGAGAGCAGCACGACGCCCAGGCGGACGACCGGAGCCAGCGCUGAACACACGCCUCGACAUGCAUUAAGUCUCGCAGAGCGCUGCGUAUUGCCUAAGGCCUCGGCUUUGUUGCCAGGGCGCUGUUCACGUACAGUCCCAUCGUUGCCAGGUCUAGGAUUGUGUUGCGGUGGCACGCCGUGCCUUAUAACCUGCGCCAUGGCUGUGCAACCGGGUUCCGUGGUGUUAAAUUGAAUACGCGGAUGAGGAGGGGUUAGAGCUUUGUAAUUACUGCAGAGCGAUGCUUGCAUUGGGAUUUACAUGGAUGACAGCCUGACACUUACAUUUCAUUGUGCAUGCCCAGAAAGCAGUGAGGAGGGUUUCGCACGCGUAUGUACCUUGUAGGAAAUGAACAGUUUACCUGACUAUGCAUGGUGUGCCCCAAGUCGCCAACGCAGGUUGGAUGCGCACAUGUGUUGCUAGCUCGUGCCUUCAUCCCUUUACGGCAUGCAGAGUAUGUGCCCACCGAAUGUGAUUGGGCCUGGUUACGUGCGUGAUAGUAUAUCUCCAUGAUGUAUGUAUGCUAGCCUCGUCGCCAACGCAAAGUGUAUGUGUAGACUCGGAACUGUUUUAACCCGGAGCGGGGAUACGCUUCCAAAGUGAAAAGGGGGUGGCGGGUCGUGCUGCCUGACGCCUAUGUAAUAGCUGGUACAGAA